AAUCUUGUCAAUGUCUAUUGUUUAUUUACUACCUAAGCUUAGAUUUACUUUAUUACCUACGUUUAAGAUUGAAACCAAUACAUUGUAAAACAAUUUUAAUUAGGUACUAAAAUGGAUAUUCUCAAAGCUGAGAUUGCUAAAAAGCGAAAAUUACUUGAGGAAAAGAAUAUAAUAGAUCCCAAUAAAUCUCGAAAAUAUUUCAAAAGGGGAGAUCUAUUAGCUAAAGAACAAGAAGAAUAUUUUCAAAAAUUUGGUCCUCGCAAUACAGAGGCUGAAGAUGAAAAUGACACUGAAAUUAAGACGGGGAAAGCCACAAAAUCUGAAACAUCAGAAGCAGAACAGAGCGAAGUUGUAUCCCUGCCAAGGACUGAAGUCAUCAAAAGGUUACGAGAAAGGGGACACCCAAUAUUGUUAUUUGCUGAGAAUGAAUUACAGUCAUUUAGAAGGUUGAGAAGAAUUGAAAUACAGGAGCCUGAAGCAAAUAGAGGUUUUCGAAAUGACUUCCAAGAGGCUAUGGAGAAAGUUGAUCAGGCUUAUUUGAAUGAAAUAUUGGCUCUCGGCACUCAGAGUGAAACAGAAAAAUCCCUAAAAGAAGAUGCUUUGGAUGACUCCGUGACUUAUGAAUUUAUUCAAGAGAUGGCUAAAACUAUGGGCCAAGGUGACAGAAACCAUGACAUGAAUGUUAUCAUGACUCUAUUGCAGUUUCUAUUGAAGCUAUGGGGUCAACAGCUCAACUCCGCUAUUGCUGCAGAAAAAACAGCAGUGAAACACAAAAUGGCGCGUGCCACAUUCACACAGACACAGGUGUAUCUGAAACCGUUGAUGAGGAAGUUGAAGAAGAAGACAUUACCAGAUGACAUUUGUGACAGUCUAAUGGAGAUCACUAAACAUCUGCUGGAAAGAAAUUAUAUUAUGGCAAGCGAUUCGUAUCUCCAAAUGGCAAUCGGCAACGCCCCGUGGCCUAUAGGGGUCACCAUGGUGGGUAUUCACGCGCGAACCGGGCGAGAGAAGAUCUUCUCAAAGAACGUGGCGCAUGUGAUGAACGAUGAAACGCAGAGGAAGUACAUCCAAGCACUUAAGAGAUUGAUGACUAAAUGUCAAGAGUACUUCCCGACGGAUCCCUCUAGAUGUGUAGAAUAUAGUACGACUAGAUAAAGUGAUGUGAAAAUUUAA